AUGGAGAGUGGCAAUUGCACCUAUUUACGUGAAUUCCUUCUCCUGGGAAUCACCAGUCACCCUGGCAUGAAACUGGUUCUCUUCACUGUGUUUUUCCUGGUUUACUUCCUCACUCUCUUGACAAACCUUGGCAUGAUCACCUUAAUCAGGAUGGACUCCCAGCUUCGCACACCUAUGUACAUUUUCCUCAGCCAUCUCUCUUUCUCUGACCUCUGCUAUUCCACUGCCGUUGGACCCAAGAUGCUGGUGGACCUGCUUGUGAAAAACACCUCGAUUCCAUUCGUUGGCUGUGCCCUGCAGUUCCUGCUUGUCUGUAUCUUUAUAGAUGCCGAGUGCAUGCUGCUGGCAGUGAUGGCCUUUGACCGCUACAAGGCCAUCAGUAACCCCCUGCUGUAUGCAGUAGAAAUGUCCAGCAAGGUGCGCUCCCGACUUCUGGUUGGAGUCUAUGUGGUGGGAACAACAGACGGAUUGAUACACACAGUGCUGGCGUUCCGUCUCUGUUUCUGUGGUUCUAAUGUGAUUAAUCACUUCUUCUGUGAUUUACCUCCACUUUUACUCCUUUCCUGUUCUGAUACACAAGUCAAUGAACUGGUUUUAUUCUCUCUUUUUGGUUUCAUUGAACUGAGCACCAUCUCAGGAGUCCUCAUCUCUUACUGUUACAUCAUCUCAUCAGUCUUGAAGAUCCGCUCUGCUGAGGGCAGGUUCAAAGCUUUCUCCACCUGCGCCUCUCACUUAACCACAGUGGCAAUUUUCCAGGGGACCAUGCUGUUCAUGUAUUUCCGGCCUAGUACUUCUUACUCCCUGGACCAAGACAAAAUGACGUCUUUGUUUUAUAUCCUUGUGAUUCCCAUGCUGAACCCUCUGAUUUAUAGCCUAAGGAACAAGGAUGUGAAAGAGGCCCUGGGAAAGCUGAAGAAUAAAAGGUGGUUUUAA